CUGCGCCGAGGGUUUGGCACUUCAGUGCCUUUCAUUAGAAAAGUAUUGGUAGGGUUUGUUAGUAACACAAGGGUAAUUUGAGUGCUCACUGGUAUGUAGUUGUGCUGGCAGUGGUUAGUCCUAGAAUUUAUCACACUAGACAAUCCACAUGCAUAAGUAAGGUAUGAGGUGGAAAGCAAACAAAUCAACUACCCACAGGACCACGAUUUGUUUUCUAAGGAGCAUCCUUUACAAAGCAGCGCAAAGGAAUAACUUUAGCUUGUGUUUCCUCACCAAUUAAUAAUAAAGCACAAGUCGCUUUAUUGUGGUUAUUCAUGUACCAGCAACAAUCUUAACUGACACCAAUUUUCCUCCAGUGCAUAAAAAAUCAACAUUUAAAAAUGGCUGAGCAACUAAGGAGAGAUUAUAAACUUUCAGAUAAUCAGUUUUGGUGGGCAAAAUUGCGUGCACUUUGUUCUAUUGGUGAUUUCGAGGAACUAGAGAGAUUUUCCAGACAGAAAAAGUCACCUAUAGGAUAUGAACCAUUUGCAGAAAUGUGCAUACAACAUGGGAAUAGAAAAGAAGCUGCUAAAUAUAUCCCGAAGUGUGCAGCAGAAGAACGAUUUCUACUCUACCUUAAGAUCGAUGACCUUGUAAGAGCGGCAGAUAUAGCGUUUCAGGAAAGAAACAUUAGGGCUCUAGAAGAGUUACUGGUUAGGGCAGGAAAACGCCCAGAACUGGUGGAACAUAUCACUUCACUUAAGGAUAGGCUAGAACAGAAAUAGCUUAAUUGUAUCAUUGAAACAGGAUUAAUUAAAAUGAAGUUCACUUCUGCCUCAUACAGAUCGCCAAAAACUUUAAUUAACCCUUUGGACACCAUAGGUAUGUCUUUUAAUAGGCAGAAAACCAUGUAAUAAUGUAAUGCCUAGUAUUAUAACCCCUAUAUAAAUUGAUAUGGACUUUAUAAAGGAG